AUGGAGAAGCAAAGAGAGGCUGGUUUCAUACAAGCGGACGCCGCCACCUUCAAAGAGCUGGUCCAGAGGCUUACCGGGGCGGCUUCGGGUGGCGGAGCCCACAAGCUCCGGCCGAAGGCGGCUGUGCAAUUCAAGCUUCAAGACAGGAGAAAACAGUCGUUGGGCGAUCUCGAGAUCAUCAAAGCUGGCACGAGAUCGGCCGGGAACUCGCCGGCGGUGAAGGGGCCCGUGACUCCGUUCGGGGCGGAAGCCGAGCGAAUUAGGACUGAGUCGCCGUUGUCCGAGGAGGAGAGGGACGUGCCGAUGAAGGCGGCGGCGCCUGUUUUGCUGACUUUGUUCCCGUUGACUCCUUAA